AUGACAAAUGUGUUUGCAAUGGGAUGUUCCGCCUCGCUUCAUCAUCGCGGUGGCAUCCUGAAUUUGUCAGCUCUCCCUGCAGCGCUUGGAUUUAAAACUGUUUCCAUUUCCUUGUCUCGUAAAACUAAGAAUAUUCUAAGAGAAUCUUGGAAACUGGUUGAACCUGUUAAGACUGAGGCGGGAAAAGCAUUGUUUGUGAGGCUUUUCGAAACUCACCCAAAUAUCCAAGACACCUUUCCAUCAUUCAAGGGCGUCAGUCUAGACGAACUCAUGAACUCCCGUUCACUGUAUCUUCACGCCAAGCGAGUCAUGGCUGCGGUGGAAAGCACCAUCUCCGCACUGGAUGAUGCUGAAGUGUUGGUAGAGAGUCUCACGAACUUGGGACGAAGACAUCGGCCUUGGUCGAUAAGGGAGGAACAUUUUAAGGUUGUAUGCGAAGCCCUUCUGUGGACAUUACAAGACAUGCUUGCAUCCGAGUGCACAAGUCAAGUCAAAGAGGCCUGGACAGAGCUCUUUGAUUUCAUAAGCAAAACAAUGUUGCGUGAAACUAGAGAAGGGGCUGUCAUUACAUAA